AUGAGUCAGAAAGUGGUUAAGGAGGGCCCCAGACUCUCCAAGAACCAGAAGUUCUCGGAGCACUUCAGCAUACAUUGCUGCCCGCCGUUCACCUUCCUCAACUCCAAACGCGAGAUUGUGGACCGCAAGUAUAGCAUCUGUAAAAGUGGCUGCUUCUACCAGAAGAAAGAGGAGGACUGGAUCUGCUGUGCCUGCCAGAAGACCAGCACCAGCCGCCGCGCAACGUCCCCUCAGAGGCCCAAGCGCCAGCCAGCUGCACCCCCCGCGGUGGUCAGAGCACCAGCCAAGCCACGGUCCCCUCCGAGGUCCGAACGUCAGCCACGCCCCCGCCCAGAAGUCCGACCUCCACCAGCCAAGCAGCGUUCCCCUCAGAAGGCCAAGAAGCAGCCGCGCAGCAGCCCCCAGAAAGGGCCAGGCACCAGCCGUGGGGGGUCCCCCAACAAAGCCUCUAGGUUCUGGUAACACCACCUCUUCCCUUUUGCUCCCCAGCCCUAAGAUUGAAAAAGAGGACCAAGCCGACCCCUCGGAAGAAGUGAUGGAGGAGUUUCAAGUGAAUGGACGGCCUCAGCUCCCGGACUCACUGCUUCUCAACCCACGUGCCCUGGGACAG